GCUCGUGUACAAUCACUUGCUUGGCCUUCCCGUUCGUCUCCGUCAGCCAUGUCUCCAUGCCCAUGCCCAAUUAUGAACAGGGCCGGGAUGAUCACGGAGGAAGAGGAGGGGUCCAGUAUCAGCUCUACCCCCAUACAAAAGAGCUAGAGGCCCUGCUCUUCUACUACCCACGAUCUUAGCUGAUCUUCUUUCAUCCCGGCUUUCCGCUGUCGCGGUAGUUUACAUUCGUUUCUUCUUGCCUGUUUCCCUUCUCUUGUUGUUUCCUAUUCAUAUGCCUUGCGAGUCUGGAAACUAGUAAUAUUCUUCUUUGGGGGAUGGGAAUCGUAGAACUACACAGCAACCAUGGGCCGCAUACGAUCAGAUACGCAUUCGUCGAUGAUGGAGUCGGCUAGGAGGCCGAGUAUUUGGGCAGGUAGUUUACGGCGUGAUCAUAUCCGCCUCGGUGACCUACCGGACGAAGACGGGGCCGAACGAAGUCAGAUGUACACCUCGUCAAAGUCAGGACCAUCUAGUGCCUCAAGGCAAAAUUCAUUUGCGUGGCCCUUCCACGGCCGUAAUGCUUCGGAAGCUAUUUCGACGACGAGGUCGAGUCACUUUACCUUACGGACAUGGCAACCUCGAACCUUUUUUCGACCUCACGACGACACAGCGAGUAUCGAUAGGAGUAUUGUUCCAGAUUAUGUUGUUAAUUUUAUAAGAGGAGAAACGCCUGAAACUUUAGCAAUGAAAAAGGAGCGAAGGAAAUGGGGUCAGCACGGUGUUGAAAUCACUCCACAUCGAGAAACCUUCGCAUCGUUUCCCAUCGAGUAUGGUCAUUAUUAUUCGCACAGCGCGGACGUCACCCGUGAUCUAAAUACUUUUAGUAGCUGGAGUCGGAAAAGCGGCUUGCGUAGACACAUAACUGGAUGGAGAGGUGGUGUUAUAUUCAACAGCUUAAUAUCAUUCAUAAUCCUACUCGUCGGAAUCAUCUGCUUAAUAUUGGUCAUCGCCGAGGCCAAACUUCUUUCUGGGGAAUCGGCUAUCUAUUCGGGCGACUGCACAACGGCCGAGCAUAUCAACUAUGGGAUCCAUAUCGUCAUUAGCGUCUGCGGUGUUGCCAUCCUCUCUGGAGCCAACUACGUCUUCCAGAUCCUCUCGAGCCCGACGAGACGGGAGGUAACCGUUGCGCACGAAAAUAAGCAGUGGCUUGACAUCGGCGUACCAUCGAUACGCAAUUUUAUGCACAUCUCAAGUUUCCGAGCAGUUGUCGCUGUAAUUGUCUUGCUAUCUGCAGUAGCAAGCCAAGUAAUAUAUAAUGCAGUAAUUUUUACGACUCAAAAUAUAGUUAACUACGACGUAUUAUUCGUCACACAAUCGUUUCUCGACCACGCUCCUUUCAAUAAUGAUACGAGGAUCAAUGAGGGCCGCCUCUCAGAUCUCGACAUAACCAGUCUCCAAGAUUCAGCCAGCGAGAUGAUUAACAUGACCUCAACGACUUGCCUGCAACAAUUUAGCGGCGUCUUCCAACCUUCAUUUAACGCAGUUUUGCUUAUCACAGACUCGACUUCUACGAGCUCUUCUCUCAUUCGGACCGCUGAGUCCGGCACUCAACUGACUACUUUCGCUUCAAACAACGACAUCACAGCCCCGGACGGCUCAAAAGUUCAAUACUGUCUCGCGCGCACUAGUACGCCUCAGACAUGCAGCGUCAACCUUAGCGGCUCCAUAUUGGGCAUCGCCGUAUUACUUAACCUCGCAACCCUCAUUUCGAUGGCGGUCAUUCUCGCGAGAUCCUCUUUCGCACCCCUCGUAACACUUGGCGAUGCGAUCCGCUCGUUUCUCCGUCAUCCGGACCCGACGACGGCGAAUGCGGCGUUACUAUCCAAGAAGGAUGUCCGGCAAGGACAUUGGGCCUUUAGCGAGGCGCAAUACUUUUUCCCGGCCACCCAUUACUGGUUCCAGACGCCGUCGCUCCCUCGUUGGAUCUUAACGAUAUUAUCGUGGUCCGCAAUCGGCGCACCAACAGCCGUCGCGCUUGGUCUCAUGAUUAGCGGAAACCUCGACAACCCUCUCACGCUCUUCGGAGUCGCCACUCACCAAUUCAGCUUCUUGCCGCCUUCCGUCUUCGGCACAGCUCAAAUGGCGCUCCUCUCCGCAUUACCCCAGUUCCUCCUCUGUAUCCUCUACCUAGUAAUCAACGCACACCUAACAACCUACUUCCUCUCGCACGAAUUCUCCCUCUUCGCACUAUCCCAGCGCUCCCUCCGCGUCUCCGCCCAACCCUCCGGCGAACAAACCACAAGCCUAUACCUCACUCUCCCGCGCCCCGUCUCCUGGGCCCUCCUCGCCUGGUUCGCCGCAAUGAGCUUCUCCCUAAGCCAAGCCGUCUUCCCCGGCACCGUCAAAUUCCUCACCCCAUCCUCCACCUCAUCCAUCCCACCCCCGCCAAACACCGCAGACAUGGUAGCCGUAUCCUUCAGCACCCAAGCCCUGCUCUCCCUCCUCGCACUCCUCACAGCCCUCGCCCUCACCAUCCUCCUCCUCGGCUGCAGACGCACACAAGCGGCCUCUCUCGCCUCCGGCGAAGUCACAGGGAACCCGCUCGCGCUCCGCGGCGGCUCCUGCAGCGCCGUCGUCAGCGCGAAGUGCCACCACCACGAUAUCGUGCCCCCGGGCCAACUCCCCGAGGAGAUGGCCGUUCCGACGGGUGAGCCCUGGCUUCGGUCUAUAGCGUGGGGUGUCGUGGAGGAAGGGACUGGGGGAAGGCCUGGACGGUGCGGGUUUUCGGCUGAUGGGGUUGGGUGUGUUGAUGCUGGGAAGACUUAUGUGUAAGUGGGGUGGGUUUGGUUUUGGGGAUUGGGGUUUGGAUAGGUG